AUGGGCCACUCUUUACCACACGUGAUUUGGGGGUAUGGCAGGAAAUGCGCUGCUUGUCCAACAUGAUUGGUUACCUUGGGUCAUCACGUCACACAAGGCGGAGUCAUGCUGUAAGACGGAAGUGGUGUUUGACGUCGGGUUGUUUUGGGAAGAAAAAGUGAUUCGACGGAAGAAUGGAGUCCACGCAAGGGAGUCACAAGCUAAUAUUUGAGAAAGAAGGGGUGUAUCUUCACACCAACACCAAGAGGAAUAACCAGGAUACUACGAUUCCAGGGUUCAUACGCAUCGUGGAAAGGGAUGGAGUGACUGCCCUGGAAUGGAGUCCACUGGAAGACCAGGGGAAGAGUACCCCUGCCGUCAUGUACUCCAAAAAGGAUGAAAACGGAGGCGACGAGGUGGCAAACUUCGACCCCGGAUACGAGCCUGACUGGGCGGUGAUAAGCACGGUGAAGAGAGAGCAGGAGCGCGACCGUGUCCCAGUGCGAGAGACAGGUCACUGGGGUGCCUUCUCGCUGCCCCUGUCCGAGCUGUACUCGCUGCGCCGGGCCCGCUUUGCGCUGGGUCGCAAUUUCCUGGUGGUCACCAGCAGGGGGGGGCACCCGCUGCCCGCGCUACACUUCCACAGAGGGGGCACCCAGGAGCUGCUCAGAGCCCUGCGCCACCACAUCAGCCUCGUACCGUCCCCUGUGGAUGGCAGACUCUACCUGUCCUACCCCAAAGACUCCACCCCCGACUCACAAGCCGGAGAUGAACAGAUGUUCGAUGAAAACCCUCACGAUGUUGUAGCGAGGUUCAUGCAAGACCCCUACGCCACCACACUGGGGGGGUUCUCCAAGGUGACCAACUUUUUCAGGGGCGCGCUGCGACACCCAGAUUCUGGCAUGAGGGCCCCCCACGACCCCAACUCCCACCACGCCGCAGACGACGAGCCAGGGUUCGAGCUCAUCACCCCAGGUGCUGAGCUGGGCCCCAGGCCAGACGUCAUGAGGGGCCCCCCGCUGGACAACUGGGAGCAGUUCCUGGACUCAGAGGGUCGCGUCACAGAUCCCAAUCGGGUUAAGCAGCUGGUCUUCAGAGGGGGUAUCGAGCCAUCCCUACGAAAAGAAGUAUGGAAGUUUCUGCUGGGCUUCUAUCCUUGGAACAGCACCUUCAAAGAGAGGGAAGACCUUGUCAGAAUCAAAACAGAUGAAUAUUUCAGAAUGAAAGUUCAGUGGAAGUCAGUCAGCGAAGAGCAGGAGAUGAGAAAUUCCCUUCUCCGGGGUUAUCGCAGCCUCAUUGAGCGAGAUGUGAACCGGACAGAUAGGCACAACACGUUCUUCUCCGGGAACGACAACCCAGGACUGGUGCUGCUUCACGACGUGCUCAUGACCUAUUGCAUGUACAACUUCGAUCUGGGUUACGUCCAGGGCAUGAGUGACCUGCUGUCUCCGCUCCUCUUUGUGACUCAGAAUGAGGUGGAGUCCUUCUGGUGCCUGACGGGCUUCAUGGACAUGGUGCAUCAAAACUUUGAGGAGUCGCAGGAGGCUAUGAAGCACCAGCUGUUGCAGCUGAGUCUACUGCUCCGAGCGCUGGACCCUGAGCUCUGCGACUACCUGGAUUCCCAAGACAGCGGCUCCCUGUGCUUCUGUUUCCGAUGGCUCCUCAUCUGGUUCAAGAGGGAAUUCUCCUUUGAGGACAUCCUGUCUCUGUGGGAGGUGAUGUGGACCCAGCUGCCGUGCUCCAACUUCCACCUGCUGAUGGCCUGCAGUAUCCUGGAGGCCCAGAAGGGGGAGCUGAUCCAACACGACUUCAACACCAUCCUCAAGCACAUCAAUGAGCUGUCCAUGAAACUGGAUCUGGAGGAGGUGGUCUGCGGUGCCGAGGCCAUCUACCUGCAGCUGGCAAGUUGUAAGGAUUUGCCUGUCAAGGUUCAGGAGGUGUUAGGCCUGUACACUCCCCCCACCCCGGAUGAGAACGGCUCAGAGUCACAGAGUCAGGAGACGGACUGGCUGCUCAACCAAUCAGAGCCUGCUGCUUCAGCCUCUCACCAAUCGGGCAGCUACAGUGAGGCUCAGCGCCCGCCCCCUACUUACCCAUAACUUUGACUAUAGACUACAGAGGAGUGGGCUUGCUUGUGUUUUUUAAAUAGAACUGAAAUUUUGAAGGGGUUGUAGUGGAGACGCAUGAAUGACCGUACUGUAUGUGUAUAAAUGCAUAGGAACCAUAUAAAAACUUGGCUACACUUUUGGUAAUGGUGUAUUAGUGACUUGGUGGUCAGCUGGUUACAUUUUCGAUAAUAUUUUAAGCGGUCGUGCAUUUGCACGCGUAGUAGGUGAAGAGGCAUUUACCAGUGUUCAUACACAUCAGAGAACUGUAAAACGAGGAUGGGGGAUGUGUGCAAUAGUAGAGCAGCUUUUACUGAACCAUAUGCACAGGAACCAUGAAGGGAUUUAUUGCUGAAGAUAGUGACAUAAGCCUAUGAUGAUGAUGAUGAUUAUUAUUAUUAUAGAAUCUCAAUACGACACAUUGAAAUAUAACAGUUUGAUAUUUAUCCACUCCGGUUAUUAAUACACUGUGUAAUGAAGUGUAGCAGAGUGAUUGAGUCAAGUCAAGUUUUUUUGUUUUGACAUGUUGAUUGAUGUUGUGAUAUCAUGUCAUGGGACAACAGGACAGGACAAAGCAGGCAGGUUGGUGAGACACAGAUGGAUGCUGGACUUCUCUUUGUGUUUUGUGUGCCAGUUUGUGGAAGGAAUCUGUAAUGUGUUAUGUUAUGUUAUGUCAUGUUAUGCUGUGCUGCAUACUGCUAUAGUAACCCUGAGUUGUGUACCGGCGUCAAUACUCCUAUGAACGUCUAUCACCAGUUAUGCCUCCAUUUUGUCCCUUAACGUCUAAACUUGGUUUGUCAAUGGGGGGGGGGGAAAUGUGAACGUUUUGUGGACGUUUUUUUUAAUGGUCCAUAUUUUCUGUGGCCUUCUUCGAAAGGGCUACAUAAUAGGCUAACAUGCGUAUGGAGAUGCUAUGAAAAGAAAAAAAACAGUCCACAAACUGUUUUGUGGUGUUUUGUCACUUGUCUUGGUAAGCUGCAAGUAUAUACGUAUAAAUAUAUAUAUAAAAUGUACCUUUUCCAUGACCCCGUCCCGUUAUACAUGUUGUAUGAUUAAGAUUAUGUUUUUUUCCUCUUUUUAUGUAUAUGGUAUUUAAGUGUGUAUGUGUGCGUGUGUGCGUGUGUGUGCGCGCGCGCGUGUGUGUGUGUUGCACAUCAUAGGAAGGGAACUGAAUGAGAUUUUUCACUCACUGACAGUGUGAUGCCUCCUGCGUGAUGCUAUCCCUGCCCAGUACAAUGCUGCAUGCUUUAGUCCUCACCGCCUUUUCUAAAAAAAAUAAAUCAAUGAAUAAAUACAAGGUAAUCAUGACAUUAAUCUCCAUUUAUCCGACUGGUGAUAAAUAAAUGAAAACAACAGGGGAACGGACCUGGUUUGACUGUUAAACAGACAUGACAUGGAUUUCAUGAAAAACCUUAACAGAACUGAAAGAAAGAAACCUGGGGACCUCUGACAACAUAUUCAUAGGAGUGAUGAAAUCUUAUUUUAUACUUUCUUGAGCGAGUGCUAUCCUCCUUUGCACCUUCUCUCUUGUACUCGGAUUUCUUCUGUACCCGUCUGUUUGCUACACGUGUAGUGAAAGAUGCAGUUAAUAAUCAAUAAAAGAUUAAAUCCA